AUGGAAAUAGACAACGUCAAACCGUCGGGAUCCGUGCCUCAGCGAAACUGGGAGAAGGAAAAUAAUGUUCAAAAUGUCGACUCGAUUUUUGAAUACAACAAUCAGCAGCAGUUGGAGAUUAGGAAUGCAAAGCCAUGGGAUAAGGAUCCACACUAUUUCAAACAAAUUAAAAUUUCGGCAAUCGCUCUGCUCAAAAUGACGAUGCAUGCGAAGCGAGGUGGAAGUCUGGAAAUUAUGGGUCUUUUGCAAGGCAGAAUCGACGCCAACUCAUUCAUUAUUCUCGACGUCUUCGCGCUUCCAGUUGAGGGAACUGAAACCAGAGUCAACGCUCAAGCCCAGGCCUACGAGUACAUGACAGUCUACUCGGAUUUGUGCGAAACAGAAGGUCGUCAGGAGAAGGUCGUCGGAUGGUACCACUCGCAUCCAGGAUACGGAUGCUGGUUAUCGGGAAUCGACGUCUCCACACAGACUCUGAACCAAAAGUUCCAGGAACCAUGGGUGGCCAUUGUCAUCGAUCCAUUGAGAACCAUGUCAGCUGGAAAGGUGGACAUCGGUGCAUUCCGCACAUAUCCAGAAGGAUAUCGUCCACCAGAUGACGUUCCAUCCGAGUAUCAAUCGAUUCCGUUGGCGAAAAUUGAGGACUUCGGAGUUCAUUGUAAACGGUAUUAUCCAUUGGAGGUCAGCUUCUUCAAGUCUCAACUUGACGCACAUAUUCUAACUGCUCUGUGGAAUAGCUACUGGAUCUCUACACUCAGCAGCUCCCCUCUCUUCUCUAACGUGGAAUUCAUCAAUAACCAAAUCCAGGAUAUCAAUCAAAAACUGCUGGCCGUUGAUAAGAAACUUCAGCUCAACGAAAGAAGUACUGAAGCACAAGAAGCCCUUCUGAAGGUUGUCACUGACGCGUACGCGGUUGGUGAUGAGUUGGAAGCUGGAAGAAUUUCCCAUCUCAUCAAACAGUUCCUUUUCGCUCGUAAAUGCUCAUGCAAGGAAGUUCUGGGAGCUUCACCAGUUGAAUCUUCGAUGGACGUUGUCGUCGCGGCUUCUGAAGGAGAGAAAGAGGAAGCGGCGCCAGCUGUUUCGGCUGUCGAAAUGAGCGACGCUUAA